UAUUUCCUGGUUGCACAGUUGCACUUAUGCUAAUGCUAAUGCUAAAAACAAAUCCAGCUGAUGUGCGUCUGACAGGAGAGACAUCUGAAGUCACCCAGAGCUGCUACCAUGGCGGGGUCGGCUGGUCGCAGGAAGAGAGUGCUGGAGCCGGGGGCCGGAGAGGGGGCUGAGGACCAGCAGGACUGUGGUGUCCUGUUGUUCUCUGACCGACCGGAGCGGGGUCCUGUUCAGCCUGAUGAGACGGCGGCCGUCCUGAGGAAGCGCUCGCCCCGGCUCCGGGACCUCUCCAGGACCCUCGCCAGUGAGAGCAUCUUCUGCUGCUCCCUGUGCUACAAGGCCUUCAUCUCCUCCUCCAGCCUGGAGGCUCAUCACAAGGCCAGCCACAAGACCUUCUCAUUCUCCUCCUCCUCCUCCAGCCUGGAGACCAACCACAAGGCCUCCUCCUCCUCCUCCUCCUCCAGCCUGGAGACCAACCACAAGGGCUCCUCCUCCUCCAGCCUGGAGGCCAACCACAAGGCCUCUUCCUCCUCCUCCUCCUCCUCCUCCUCCUCCUCCUCCUCCAGCUUGAAGGCCCCCCUCCUGGGGGCCCGCCCCACCCAGAGACCCCACCCCUGCACCGUCUGCUCCAGGAGCUUCCGCCGGCCGUGCCUGCUACGGGAGCACCUGAAGAGCCACGGCCCGGGCCGGACCGGCCCGCCGGGACACGGCAGCACUCAGGAACCAGUCAGCCAACCAGACGCCUCAGAACCCCGUGACCUCAGCACCAAGCCGUCUGCUGGUAACCGCGGUGACCCCGCCGGCCGCCCAGAGGACGAAGAGGACAAGGCGGCGGAUCGCGGCGAGGAAGACGUCGGCGGUUUGAUCAACUCCGACGGCGAGGAGGAGUACUGGAAGUCUCCGUCCAGAACCGCCCAGAAGGAGCGGGACGUGCGGGCGGCGGCGGCGGCGGCGGCGGCGGAGCGGGCCGGUCCCAAGCCCCGCCACGGCUGCCCGGUGUGCGGGCGGGACUGCCUCAAGGCCUCAGCGCUGCAGAAGCACCUGCGCGUCCACUCCGGCGAGCGGCCCUUCCAGUGCCCCGUGUGCCGCAAGAGCUUCGUCCAGCACGUGCACAUGACGGAGCACCUGCGCAUCCACACGGGCGAGAGGCCCUACACCUGCCCGCUGUGUGGGCGGAGCUUCACCUUCUCCAGCGCCCUGCGCCGCCACCAGCGGCUGCACGCCGACACCCGGCCCUUCCAGUGCGCCGUCUGCCACAAGAGCUUCAAGCAGCGGAGCUCGCUGAAGGGCCACCAGCUGGUGCACACGGGCGUGCGCUUCCCCUGCCCCGUCUGCAGCAAGAGCUUCAGCCGGCCGCUGGAGCUCAACUACCACGUGGGGACGCACUCCUCGGCGCGGCCCUACUACUGCCACACCUGCCAGAAGAACCUGAGCGGGGCCCGCGUGUACCGCAAGCACCUGAAGAGGCACCAGGGGGAGCCGGGGGGGGAAUGUGAGUAA